CCGGCGGGGCCCUCUCCUUUUCCCCUCGGCGGCGCUGCUGUCGGGCAACAUGGCCGUCCCGAUCUCCAAGAAGAGGAAGUUCGUGGCCGAUGGCAUCUUCAAGGCCGAACUGAAUGAGUUCCUCACCCGGGAGCUGGCCGAAGACGGCUACUCGGGAGUCGAAGUCCGCGUCACCCCAACUAGGACCGAGAUCAUCAUUCUGGCCACCAGGACGCAGAAUGUGUUGGGCGAGAAGGGUCGUCGCAUCCGGGAGCUCACAGCAGUCGUCCAGAAGAGGUUUGGCUUCCCAGAAGGCAGCGUAGAGCUGUAUGCGGAGAAGGUGGCCACACGUGGGCUGUGUGCCAUCGCCCAGGCUGAGUCCCUGCGCUACAAGCUCCUGGGGGGCCUGGCUGUGCGCAGGGCGUGCUACGGCGUCCUGCGCUUCAUCAUGGAGAGCGGGGCCAAAGGCUGCGAGGUGGUCGUGUCUGGGAAACUGCGGGGCCAGAGGGCAAAGUCCAUGAAGUUUGUAGACGGUCUGAUGAUCCACAGCGGCGACCCGGUCAACUACUACGUGGACACAGCCGUGCGCCACGUGCUCCUGCGGCAGGGGGUGCUGGGCAUCAAAGUGAAGAUCAUGCUCCCCUGGGACCCCAGUGGCAAGAUCGGGCCCAAGAAACCACUGCCUGACCACGUCAGCAUCGUCGAGCCCAAGGAGGAGGUGCUGCCCACGACCCCCGUCUCCGAGCAGAAGGGGGCCAAGCCCGAACAGCCACCCCUACCCCAGCCUGUCCCCACUGCCUGAUGGACGGACUGGACCUCCACUGUGGACCUGGAUGCCCCAACCUGCCAGUUAAUAAAGCCCUAAAAUACCAA